AGGACCUGACCAAACCAACAAAAAAAAAACAAAAAACAAACUGCGAGCGGUGCGGGUGCCCGCGGUCCGCACCGGGCAGGCAGGCGCGCACGCAGCCGCCCUCGGGUCGCGUGGCCGCCGCGCCGUGCGCUCGUGCCGAGCCCCCCGUCUCUUUUUCCACUUUUCCCCCACCACGCACCACGGGUCUACGGCACGGCGCCACCACCCUCGCCGUAUUUAUUCCGCGCUCCUCCGCGCCCCCGGACCGGAACUCGCCAGUCGCACCCCCGCCCGCCGCCCGCUCCGCUUUGCACCGCUUUUUUCGAACGCUUCUUUAGCUUUUACUUCUCUUUUUCUCUUGGCUUCCACUCCUCGCCCACGCCUCCUCCUCAUCCUCUUCCCUUUCGUCGUCGCUUCCGUUCCCGUGCGAAUCCUCUGACCACCGCGGAGCCGUCCCCGAAGGAAACCCUAGCGCAGCCGCCGAUCACCGCCGCGCACAGCAUGGCGUCCCCGGCACGCCCUACCGCUGCAUCCGUCUCGGGCGCCUUCGGCCUGUCGCCCGACCCCAAGCGCUGCUCCUUCGACCAGGCGCUCCGGCAGAAGGAUUUUCAAGAGAACAGACUGUUGAUGUCAUUUGUUAAUUUCCAUGAGCAAGAAAAGAUUUCUAAAGAAAUCGUAACAGACGCUAUAGAAAGCUGUAUGAAGAAACAAGCAGAUAACUUGUUGAAUUCACUGGAAGUUAUCAGCGGUAGGCUGUCACAACUGGAGUUAUAUUGCUAUAAGUUGGAAAGAUCCAUUGGAGAAUUACGAAGUGAUGUGAUGGAUUAUCAUAACGAAGCAAAUCUCAACUUUCAGUGCCUUGAAAAGCAAGUGAAAGAGGUUCAGAAAUCUGUGCAGGUCGUUCAGGAGAAGCAGGAGCUUGCUGAAACUCAGAAAGAAAUGAGCAAACUUCAGGUAGUACAUGAGGAUUCUGCACAAAAGAGUGAAGGUACCGCUCCAUCAGUUUUCAUGACUAGAGAAAAUGAGGUUGCCCUUGUGCCAUUUCAACAAGUAAAUGCUGUUCAGUCUCCUGCUGUGCAAUUCCAAAGUUGCAGUGGCCUUAUUCUACAGCAACUUGUGCCAGUCCAAGACCACCAGCGCUCGAACCAAACUGCUGUGUACUAUAUGCGAGGCCAAAGUCAUCCAGAACACAGACAGGCCCAAAUGUUCCAAGCUGCUGCUCAAUCUGUGCAGACACACACUCGGAAAACUCAGCCACAGACAGUAGUUGAGGUACCCCAGGUAACCAGUCAGGCACCAGAGUUUUACCCUCAACCGCAGCAUCAAUGGCAACAUCAAACUGGUCAGCAGGUUCAGUCCCAAGCAAGGCAACCACAACCACAGGUUGUACAGCAGCAGCAGUACAGCAAUAUCCAGCAAGGUCCAGCACAGAUGAUUCAGCUGCAAACGUCCUCUCCACAUGCUCAUAGCACACCACAGGUCACAGUAGUAUAUCCUCCAUAUGGGGCUCAUCAGUCUGCAUGUGGUAACACUGAGGCACGCACCGGGGGCAUGGUCGUGCCACCAUCCUACUCUACAAUUUCCUCAUCCCAGCGGAAGCAUCAUGAAGCUGCUCCUAUUUAUGUACAAAGCAACACAGUUUCUGUUCCAUUGGCGGAGCAGCAUCAGCAGCUUCAUUCACUCAGCAAUGGCUCAUUUGUACCUCAGCCAAGCAAAGUCAAUCCAUGUGGUGUCACAUCAUACACGGUACAAGGGAAUGCACAGGCCUACAACCCUGCUUAUGGAAGCCCUUCCAGCAAUCCUGCUGCUAUUGUUGCUGUCCUUAAUCAACAAGCACAUAGCAGUGCUCCCAUGGUGCUUCAUCACUUGGGACCUCAGUCAGUGCAGAACCAUCCAGUAGACAUUGCUGAAAAAGUUGCUCGGAUGGGUUAUUCAAAGGAUCAAGUUGAGGGCCUUGCACUCCGUAUGGUUGCCGCAGGCCAGCCUGCAGAAUAUAACCACCUGCACGAUAGGUUGAGCUCUGUUAGCCAUGGGGUAGCUCCUCAUGCAUGGUCUGGAUAGUUAAGAAUGACAAAUGCAGCUUUGUCACGCUUACUCAUGAGAUGUUUGUGUGAUAUAUCUCGGUAUGUACUUCACUAUCGUCGGAAAUCUUCAGGUAUUUCCUCUGGCAUCUUUUUAUCAGCCAGGAUUACAUAUUCACCAGCUUAUUUUUUCCAGCUGGAGGAUCGAGAUGAAAUAAGACUGUUUAGAUUAGUUAAAAUGAUGAUGCUGGCAUAUGUCCUACCUUUUAAUGGACAUAUGUGCUUGUAACCUGUGGACUUGCACACGCACGUUUGCAAUAUAAAAAGAUAUGAUAGUUUGUUGGUUGUUACUACUUUCU